AUGGCAGUGGUGAAAACCCCCAGCAGAGAACUAAACAGUGCCAAAGAACCAUUUACUAACGUAUCUCCCCUCCUUUUGAGGAGCCUCGUGGAGGAGCCUAAGAAAAGAACUCCAGUACCUAAUCACCUUCUAGAAUCAAAGGUUUAUGCAAAACUUCUGAAUAAUACGGUCAUACAGGCAAAACCUGGCGUAGUGCAUUUUGGAGGCUAUCAAGUAGAAGAACAACACCAACAGAUUCUGCAUCUGGUCAAUAUUUCCAAUGAAGACACACAUGUGCAUAUUUUACCCCCUCAAACCGAAUACUUUCAGAUCAAGUAUGUGAAAAAGGAACACCACCUUGUCCCCGGCUUGUCCCUCACAAUCACCAUUACAUUUUCUCCGGAUGAGUGGCGAUACUAUUACGACUGCAUUCGGGUUCACUGUAAGGGAGAUGACACUUUGCUCAUUCCUAUCCAUGCCUAUCCUGUCAUGAACACACUGGACUUUCCCUCAUUUAUAAAUCUAUCAGAUGUUCUCCUUGGUGAAAGCAAAAAAUAUGUUAUCCCUUUACAGUGCAGCUGCCCUAUAGAUUUCGAGUUUCAUAUCACUCUGAUUCAGUCUCAUGAAGCCUUUACCGUUGACCCGUUAUCAGGACUAAUCCCGGCUAACGGGAAGAUGAAUGUGACCGUGAAGUUCACACCAUUUCACUAUGGGAUUGCGCAAAUAAAAAUGCAGCUAUGGAUCUCACAGUUCAACUCUCAACCAUACGAAUGUGUCUUCACCGGAACAUGCUGUCCCAACGUGGCUUUACCAUUAGAAGAAUUUGAAAGAUUAAAUGCUCUUUCUAAGAGAGUGGAUGUUCCUCCAGAAAAGGCAAUGACACACAUAAAUUUUCACCGCCUGCCACCAAAAAUAAAGCCCCCAAAGAUUAAGGAAAUUGAAUAUCAUGACUUGAGAUUUCCAGUGGAUUUAUCAAAUCCGUUUGCUGUGGCAACUGUUUUAAACCAAGAACCAGGGAAAUUGAAGAUUAAAGAAUUAAGAGAAGGGUUCAUCUGCAUCAUAGCAUCUAUCGGGGCUUUGUUGCUUUUCAUGGCUGCAUACUAUGCCGUUUUGGCCCACAUCCUUGGCAGUGCCUGCUUUGUUGCUGCUGUCAUCAUCGUCACUGACAUCUUCGUGGGUGUGACGCAGGUGCACCUUGGUAAAGAUCAUGUGUCUUUAAAAUUUAAAAAAGACCUUAUUGAAGAGCGGCAAAGAGAAAACGCCAAAUACAAGCUAGAUAGAGGAGAUCCCAUUUUGGAUGAGGAAUUUCAGCGCCUCAAGACAGAAGUCAGCCACAAACGGGUUGUUCAUAAUCUGGAAGAAAAAAUCAAGGAAUUGCAUCCUAAUUUUGAUCCACUCAUUAAUAAUACUUGGGUCAACAGGUUCAGGGCGCAAAGGCGGUUUCAACAAGCAGCCCGCAAGAUCAUGGUUCAUCGGAGGUUACUCAUUAUGCUGAGUGCUAUUCAUAACAUGGACAGAGAGACCAUAAUCAGAAAGCUCAGCCAAGGAAGACAGACAAUAACAUCAGAUAAGAAUUCGUCCAGACACCUCCUGUCCCAGAUCAGUCGAGAUGAUUAUUCCAGCUCGUUCUUUGUCUCACCCAAGAAAGUGCUGCCCUUCGCCUUCCCAUCCUACAGUCCUCCUCAGAGCUCCAACGAGUUGGCUCCUGAUGGCCUUGGACCAGUCCCAAUUAAAUCUUCGGAAAUCCAAAUCAAGCAGAGUUACUCUUUCUUCAAUCUGCAGGUUCCUCAGCUGUACAAAAUUAAAGGGUAUCAGCCAUUCUGUGUCCAGAGAUCGUCAACGAGCUACAGACCUCAAAAGCUUGCUCGAACCCUGAAGCAAGGGGCUGAGGAUGAAGCCACCACCAUCAUAACUCUGCCCAAGCAGGACGCCACAACUCAGCUCCCUGGCAAGACCUCGGUCUUGGGCAUGAAACCACCUGAGGCCUUAGCCAGGUCUCCAGAUUAUGACCCGCUUUAUAUUUUUAAUCCCAACCCAGGAUUAUUUCCUGUGAUGCACCCUCUGACCUACGCAGAAACCUUGAUAGAUUACCAUCUGUGCCCUCACCCCAAGUACAAGUUCAUCAAGGAGUCCCACAGGGGGUCCAGCAUUCCUCACACCCAAAAGCAGUUUCUUCAUCACACGGACAUUAUUCCUGGAAUAAUGAACUGGUGCAAGUUCCAGCCCCUGGCCCUCUCAUUCCUGCCAGAAACUUCGAAGACAGAGACUACACAGAGAUGUGAUCCCUUCAAUUCCGUUAUGCUUCCUAUAAAUGCCCCCGCCGUUCUUGAGGCCCUACCAGAAGAAGACAGGUUGGAAACAGCAGAACGUGAGCUCUGCGAACAGAAUAUAGAAGUUAUACUGACUCCAGAAAUAAUUGAAGCAGAAUUCCCUAUCUUGGACCACAAGGACACCAAAAAGGAGAAAGAGGCCAAAGAACAAGCACAGCCAGAGGAGAAGGCGGGAGAAAAGGUGCUGGAGGAGAUGAAGCUUCUGCAGAACAAAGCUCUCAACUCGUACCUGAUUCUAGGAUAA